AUGUCUCCCCUUGCCAAAAUCUUGCAAACUGGUUGCAGACAGGUGCUUCGGCCGAAAAGGAGUUGCGUUUAUGGCGUGAUUUUUGACAGUAUGUUUCACCAGCUGCCCAAACUUUCAGGCAACACGUCCCUGGAGGCGCAAAAUAACGCAGCUGCAACAGCAGAGGACAAAGAAAAAGAGAUGAUGGCAGCUUCCAAAGGAGGAGCCAGGGGUCUCCUUAAAUCCAGCCAGCAUCCGAGGCACCAAAGAGUGAAAAGCCUGAAAGAAAUGCCGGGACCGAAGUUCUUCUCCAAUCUGUUGGAGUUUUUCUGGAAGGGGGGGUUUGGACGCAUUCAUGAAAUCCAGCAAAAGCAUGCUCAAGAAUAUGGAAACAUUUUCAAGUCUCAUUUUGGUCCCCAACUAGUUGUAUCCAUUGCAGAUCGAGACAUGGUGGCCCAUGUUCUCCGGGAAGAAGGAUCCACGCCACAACGAGCUAAUAUGGAAUCCUGGCAGGAAUACAGGGAUCUACGAGGGAGAGCAACAGGACUUAUAUCUGCAGAGGGGGAACAAUGGCUAAAAAUGAGACGUGUACUAAGGCAAAAAAUGGUAAAACCCAAAGAUGUUGCCAUUUUUUCUGGAGGAGUUAAUGAAGUUAUUGCGGAUUUAAUUAAGAGAAUCCAUAUUCUUAGAAAUCAAGAAGAAGAUGGGGAAACCGUGACAAAUGUUAACAGCCUUUUUUUCAAGUAUUCAAUGGAAGGAGUGGCAACUAUUCUGUUUGAAUGCCGUUUGGGGUGCCUGGAAAACCACAUCCCUCAGGACACAGUGGAAUAUAUUGAAGCUUUGGAGUUGAUGUUCAGCAGUUUUAAAACUACCAUGUAUGUGGGAGCUAUUCCUAAAUGGCUUCGUCCAAUCAUUCCAAAACCUUGGAGAGAAUUCUGUAGAUCUUGGGAUGGUCUCUUUAAAUUCAGUCAAAUUCAUGUUGACAAUAGAUUAAAAGACAUAAAGUCUUUUUUAGACCAAGGAGAAGAGGUUGAUGGCGGACUUCUCACAACUCUGCUUAAGAGUAAAGAACUUACAGUGGAAGAAAUCUAUGCCAAUAUGACUGAAAUGCUUUUGGCAGGGGUUGAUACAACUUCCUUUACCUUAUCUUGGGCAACAUAUCUAUUAGCAAAGCACCCAGAAGUACAACAUUCUGUGUAUAAAGAGAUCAUCAGUAAACUGGGUAAAGACAAAGUCCCUGAUGCUGAUGAUAUCCCUAACUUGCCAAUGAUUAGAGCCCUUCUUAAAGAAACCUUGAGGUUAUUUCCAGUAUUACCAGGAAAUGGCAGAGUAACCCAGAAAGAUUUGAUUGUUGGUGGAUACUUGAUACCUAAAGGGACCCAGCUGGCUCUCUGUCAUUAUGCUACAUCGUAUCAGGAAGAGAAUUUUCCAUUAGCACAUGAUUUCCAGCCUGAACGAUGGCUAAGGAAAAGUAAUGUGGACAGGGUAGAUAAUUUUGGUUCUAUUCCCUUUGGUUAUGGUAUUCGGAGCUGUAUAGGAAAGAGAAUUGCUGAACUGGAAAUUCACCUUGCUCUAAUACAGCUACUUCAAAAUUUUGAAAUAAAAAUUUCUCCCAAAACUAAAUCCGUUCGUGCCAAAACCCAUGGACUACUGACUCCUGCAGAUUCCAUCAAUGUGAAAUUUGCAGACAGGAAAUGA